AAGCAUCUUGAAUUCCAUUUUUAGAAAUUCCAAAUUGAAAUAAUAGUAAAUAUUGAAAUAAAUUCAAAAUAAUUAUGGCUGGCAUUACCUCAGCUCACUGUUUGUGUAAUAUCUUCAGUCCUUGUCGCAAUGAAUUAUCUUCAACAUUUGUAUUGAUCCAAUGGCUAAUAGGAGGAGUUUCAACAAUAUUAAAUUUUGUAAAACCGGUUAUGCAGUUGUUGGGCAUACGAGCACAAGUGGAAUUAAAUGAAGAAGAUUACAAUGAUACUUGGAUGUAUAUGCCCGAUGGAGAUGGUAAACCACAGGUCGCCUAUUUAGUAGAACCACCGCCCGAGGAUAAUCGCAAUGAAGUACAACUAGUACAAUUUGAAUAUUAUGGCGGCUCCAAUCCUGAUACCCCAGUAAUAAACACCGUUCCUUUGGAAGACAAUGAAGUCUUUUCUCAUUUACGUGCCAAACGUGAUAGUUGGGAGGAAAUGGCUGAGAAAUUUAAUCCUAAAUUGGAUACGAAAAUUUUAGUACACGGCUGGAAAUCAAGCACCCAAAGUAAUUCUAUACAAUCUAUUAGAGGAGCCUACAUGCAAAAGGGUCAUAUUAAUGUUUUCGCUAUAAAUUGGAGAGAUCAGGCAGAUAAUAUUUAUUAUUUAAGACCUGCACGUUAUACGGUGCAAGUAGGUAGAGCUGUGGCUAAACUUAUUGAUUUACUAGUGGAGGAGAAAGGUGCCGAUCCUAUGCGUAUUCAUCUUAUAGGUCAUAGUUUGGGUUCACAUAUUAUGGGCUAUGCUGGUUCUUAUACUAAAUAUCGUGUGGGAAGAAUUACUGGUUUGGAUCCCGCUCGUCCUGCUUUUGAGGACUGCAUUGGUCCUGAAAAUCAUUUAGAUCGUACUGAUGCCGAAUUUGUUGAUGUCAUACACAGUUGUGCUGGCUUUUUGGGCUUUAAAAAUCCCAUAGGUCAUGUCGAUUUUUAUCCUAACGGCGGCCAUCCUCCCCAACCCGGUUGCACUGAAUUAAGUCAAAUCUUUACUGGUUGCAGUCAUGGUAGAUCAUAUGAAUACUAUGCUGAAUCGAUUAAUAGUGAAAAAGGUUUUUAUGCCACCCCUUGUACUUCCCUCUUUGAUAUUAAAGGUGAAAAUUGUACUGGCACUAAAAUAUUAAUGGGUGAUCCUGUACCUAAAACAGCCGAAGGAAUUUAUUACUUAAAAACCGCCAAUAAACCAGCAUUUGCUCUGGGCAUGGAAUAAUCUUUGUUAUUGCAAAUUAUUUUUAAGAUUUAUAAAAAUCGUGUUUAGUUAUAGAUCGGUAAAACGAACUGGUAUAUUAUAAUCCAUACUGGAAAACUUUUUUUUAUAAAGAAGAAAGUGUUUUCGUAUAUUUUUAGAUAUAACGAUCGAAAUCUAUAUAAAAUUAUAUCAAGAUUUCGUUUGAUA